UUCGCCCCGCGGGAGGAAAGUUUCGCCCUCUCUGGGCGAGGAAGGAACAUGGCAGCGCGGACGUGGUUUUGGUGUGUUUCGACGACCAUGGCGGUGGCGCUGCUUCUCACUUACAAGGUUCCCUCGGUCUCUGCUCAGAGAAAGAAGGAGAUGGUGUUAUCUGAGAAGGUUAGUCAGCUGAUGGAAUGGACCAAUAAAAGACCUGUGAUAAGAAUGAAUGGAGACAAGUUCCGUCGCCUUGUUAAAGCUCCACCGAGAAAUUAUUCCGUUAUUGUCAUGUUCACUGCUCUUCAACUUCAUAGACAGUGUGUUGUUUGCAAGCAAGCUGAUGAAGAAUUCCAGAUCCUAGCAAACUCUUGGAGAUACUCCAGUGCAUUUACCAACAGGAUAUUUUUUGCCAUGGUGGAUUUUGAUGAAGGUUCAGACGUAUUUCAAAUGCUAAACAUGAAUUCAGCUCCAACUUUCAUCAACUUUCCUCCAAAAGGAAAACCCAAAAGGGCAGAUACAUAUGAGUUGCAGGUGCGGGGGUUUUCAGCUGAGCAGAUUGCCCGGUGGAUUGCAGACAGAACUGAUGUCAAUAUUAGAGUAAUUAGACCACCAAAUUAUGCUGGACCUCUUAUGUUGGGAUUGCUCUUGGCUGUUAUUGGUGGGCUUGUGUACCUUCGAAGAAGCAAUAUGGAAUUUCUUUUUAAUAAAACUGGAUGGGCUUUUGCAGCUUUGUGUUUCGUGCUUGCUAUGACAUCUGGUCAAAUGUGGAACCAUAUAAGAGGACCACCAUAUGCUCAUAAGAAUCCCCACACAGGACAUGUGAAUUAUAUCCAUGGAAGUAGCCAAGCCCAGUUUGUAGCUGAAACACACAUUGUUCUUCUGUUCAAUGGUGGGGUUACCUUGGGAAUGGUGCUUUUGUGUGAAGCUGCUACCUCUGACAUGGAUAUUGGGAAGCGAAAACUAAUGUGUGUGGCUGGUAUUGGACUUGUCGUAUUAUUCUUCAGUUGGAUGCUCUCUAUUUUCAGAUCUAAAUAUCACGGAUAUCCAUACAGCUUUCUGAUGAGUUAAAAAGGAUCUUGAGAUGUACACACUGGAAAUGGAAAACCGGGAAAUGUGUGUGUGUUUGAAAAAAAGAAUGCAACUUGUAUAUUUUCUAUUACCUCUUUAUUUCAAGUAAUUUAAAUACUUAAUCAUUUAACCAAAGAUGUGUAGUGCCUUAACAAGCAAUUUAUUAUCAAAAUCAUGAAGUAUUUGGAAAUUGUUCUCCUUUUAAUCUUUCCUUCCCAAUAGAGCUAUGGAACAUUUAAUUUUUUAGACUUAAGUACUUUAUAAAAAUUUUAAAACUACUACUUGGAUUUACUUAGAGAAAAGCUUGUAACACUUCAGUUAACUUUCAGUCAUCUGAUUUUAUCUUAUUCAAAGGUGGGGAAUGAAGUUUCUGAGCAUGUAUUUCCACCUCCAGGUAUGUCUAACCUUUUGACACUGUGACAGACAUUGUCAUCUACAAAGUUCGUGCACAAUGAAGUUACAAACAAAUCACACACAGAAAAGAUCUCAUAACAUUUUAAGUAAUUUUAGGAUUUUUAUGCUUGGCCCCAUUCAUAGCUAUCCUUGGCUACAUGUGACCUGUGGGCCAGAAGGUUGGAUACAUUUGGCUGCCUUUUACAGAUUACUGCAUCAGGAAGCCAUCCUUAGUUUUUCUACCUUUGUAUGGAUCUGUGUGCUUUACAAAUCUUUCCUUUUGGGCCAAGAAAUCAUAUGGGGCAUACAGUCUUCUGAAAAUAGAACAGUCUUCAGAAUACUUGUGUAUCCUUCAGAAAAACUAGUCCAUCUUCCUCCUGUGUCUUUCCUACUGAAAUACCAUGUUCCUUCUGCUUCUCAACAGGUGUAUAUGUGGAGAAUCACCCCUAAAUCCAGGGUCAUGAUUUCUGCAUAAGUGUACUGUUAGCCCUGUAUUUGGAAAGAUUUCAGGCUCAUUCUAUCUCUAGUUUUAUUUAAUGUAGCCUUUAUUAAUAGUAUAGCUUAUUGCUAAAAUUCAAUAUAACUUAAAAUGGUCUCAAAUAUAUAUAAAAGUUAGACAUUGUCAUUUAUUUCAUUUUUUUAAUCUAUCAGAAAAAUAAGCUCAUAUUUAGGGAAAGAGGGCCGGCGAGAUGGCUUAGCAGUUAAGGCGCUCGCAUGCAAAGCCUAAGGACCUAGGUUCAACUCCCCAGAACCUAUGUAAGCCAGAUGCACAUGUGUCUGGAGUUUGUUUGCAGUGGCUAGAGGCCCUGGUGUGCCCAUUCUCUCUCCCCUCAACUUUUCUCUCAAAUAAAUAGAUAAAUAAAAAUAUUUAGGAAAAGAACUCCCUUAAAGUGGGAAACGAAAAUCACACACACACACACACACACACACACACAUAUGGAAGCUGGUUGUGAUGGCACACACCUUUAAUCCCAGCACUCAGGAAGCAGAGGUAGGAGGAUCUUUGUGAGUUGACAUCCACCCUGAGAAUACAUAAUGAAUUCCAGGUCAGCCUGAGCUAGAGUGAGACCCUGCCUUGGAAAAACAAUACAAAACUAUAUAUAUGGAAAUGAGAUGCUUUCCAGCUGGGGGUGUAGCUCAAUAGUAGAGCACUUGCUUAGCAUAAGUGGUACCUCAAGUUCAAUCCCCAGUACCAAAGAAACAAAACAAAAAGGUAAUGUUUCUUGAAACCUGUUUUUUGGGGAUUUUUUGGUUGUUUUAGUUUGUUUUGUUUUAUUUGGAGACAAAGUAGCCAAUCUUGCCUUGAACUCACAAGCUAACUCAGUGAUGACAUUGAAUUUCUAGCCCUCCCCUCCCCCAGCCUCUGUCUCCCAAGAGCUAGGGGAUUACAGACAAGUACCAUUCAUGUGGUGCUGGGAAUCUAAACCAGGACUUGGUUCAUGCAUGGCAAGCACUCUACCAACUGAGAAGCAUCUCUACCCUAGACAGCUGAUCCUUUUUUUCUUUCUUUCUUUCUUCCUUAAGAGAGUUCUUUAGACCUGAGCUGCAUUUAUUUAUUUGGUCAUUGUUUGGGGAUUUUUUUUUUUUUUUUUUUACCUUUUUGAGACAAUUUCACUGUAUAGUCCUGGCUAGCCUAGAACAUCCCAGGCUGUCCACUUACUUGCAAUAUUCCUUCAGCCUCAGUCUCCCUAGUGGUGGGAUUAUAGGCAUGUGCCACCAUGCCUGGUCCUGGUCUGGUUUUCAUUACCAUUGUAGCCUUUAUUUUUCCUCAUAAAUUAAAGAUACAAAAACAGCAUGGUGGCAUACACUUGUCUCAGCGAUUCAGGUUACUGAAGUAGGAUCUCUGAAGUCUAAGAAUUUGAGGCUAGCCUGGCAUCAUAGUGAGACCUCAUCUCAAAAAAAAAAAAAAAAAAAAGCCCACAUGAAAAGAAACAAAAUAAAAAUGAGAAGGAGUUUUGUUUGAAUAUUCUUUUUGCUGACAAUGGAAAUAACUGUAUGUGAUAACCAAAUUUCUGUGAGGAAUACUCAUGGUUAUGAUAUGUCUAACUAUAACAUCCGCCAUAUUUAUGAAGAAUAACAUGAAAUGCCACUGUUAUAAAUUCAUGGAGCUGAGGGUAUGGCUUAAUAGCAAAGCACUUGGCUAGUAUACAUGAGGUCCUGGGGCCAAUCCCCAGCAACACAAAAAUAAAAUUAAAUGUGAGAAUUAUAAUUGUGAAAAAAUUAAAUCAUACUGUGGAUACUGUGACUGCUUCUUGCUAUUAGUUAUUGAAUAACCUUCCCAUGUAGUAUAGAAGUCAUAUAAUAGAGGUCUGUGGAAGGAAAUUAUAUCAGAAUAAUUUUUUUUUUGAGGUAGAGUUUCACUCUGGCUCAAGCUGACCUGGAAUUCACUAUGUAGUCUCAGGGUGGUCUCGAACUCACGACGAUCCUCCUACCUCUGCUUCCCAAGUGCUGGGAUUAAAGGCAUGCACCACCAUGCCUGGCUUACCACUUCUUUUUUAAUGACAACUUCCAUAAUUGUAAACAAUAUUGCUGUUCUUGUACUUGUCUCAGGCCAAAUGAGUAUAUGCUAUUAUUCUUAUGAGACUUGUAUGUAUGAAGAUGCCUUGAUCUGUAAGAUUGACCAGGGCACUACUACUGCCAUGCAAUCUGUAUAGCUCCGGAUAAUUUGCAGUGGUCAGUUUUUGUUGUUGUUUUGUCUCCAUUUAAGAGCAACACUCAUUUUGUUUUGCUCAUUGUGGGGCUGGAGAGAUGGUGCACAGGUUAAAAGCGCUUGUUUGCAAAGCCUGUCAGCCCUGGUUUAAUUCCCCUGUACCCACAUAAAGCCAGAUGCACAAUGUGGUGCACAAUGUACAGUGGCAAGAAGCCCUGGUGUGCCCAUACUCACUCACUCACUCAAGUAAAUUAAAAAUACUAAAACAAGAAAGUCUCAUUCUGGCUAAAAUAUGUGGAAAGCAGUUUCUUAUGCUUAAAAUAAUGUUGCUUUUGUGGAAAAUUUAAAAUUAGCUUUUAUCUGAAGUGCCUUAAGUAGAUUCUUAAUUUACUUUUCUAGUACUGGUUUAAAUAUAAUCUGUUAUGUAUUUUUAAGCUACUAUUAAAAUGUAUUAUUGUGGCAAAAACCCAAAUGUCUGGCUUACUGCUUCUUGAAUAUUUCAAUAAACUUUUCCAAUCUAAA